ACCCUGCGCCGGGGAUGCGCCCUGUCUGGACUCAGGAUCUCUCCAGUACCCCUCCAGGACCCCUCCAGGGCCUCCAGCACCCCUCCCCUUUCCUCUCUGGCCGAAAUGCCGGAUCUGCUGUCGUACCUGCAGGACCCGGAGCUGGUGGCCCGGUUCCAGAGGCGCUGCGGGCUCUUCCUCGUCGAGGCUCCGCAUCAUAACCAGGGGAGGCGGACCGGGAACCGAACACGUGGACCUCCGAGGGGGCGCUGGGACCACCAGGACAACAACUCCAACUAUGAAUACAAGGAGAGCGGAUAUGCUGCUGAUGUCCACAGCGGGCCUCAGUACCAGGUGAGGAACUGGCCUCUCCACUUCCUCUUCCUGUUCUCGGCUGGACUUGGCCAUGAAAUCUUCUACAUCACCUGUCUGCCUUGCAUACACUGGAAUCUGGACCCUUUCCUGUGCCGCCGCCUCGUCAACGUGUGGACCUUGGUGAUGUACAUUGGUCAGGUGAUGAAGGACAUCCUGAAGCUCCCCCGCCCUGGAUCGCCCCCCGUGGUGAAGCUGGAGACCCGUGUUGACGCGGAGUAUGGACUACCCUCCACCCACGCCAUGGCCGCCACCGCCAUCUCCUUCACUUUUCUCUUGAGUGCCCCCUCCAGAAUACAGUUCCAGUUCGAGGUGGGCGCGCUGAUCGCCAUCAUACUGUCGUCCCUGGUGUGUCUGAGCCGUCUCUACACCGGCAUGCACUCAGUCCUGGACGUGAUCUGCGGCGCUUCGAUCUCGGCUGCCCUCAUGCUGCUCACCUACCCCUACUGGGACACCUUCGACCACUUCCAGCUCACCAGCAGCGCCUCCCCCGUCCUGGCCUUGACCCUGCUGCUCUUUCUGAGCUAUUCGUACCCAGAGCUGGACCACUACAGUACCACACGGGGGGACACCACCACCAUCCUGGGGUCGUGCGCCGGGUGCUCCGUGGGAUACUGGGUGAACGAGCAGCUGGGACAAACGUUUGAACCUCAGGGGAUGUUACCCGUUCCUCUGCCCGUGCUGACGGCCAGCGGCCUGGCGCUAGGUACCGGUCGCUUCCUGCUGGGAGUCGUGGCCUUGUUGGGAACCCGGAAAAUAGUGAAAACAGCGAGUCUGGGGAUGUUGUACUCAUGGUACAAGGUGCCGAUAAACGACGAUGCUGCCCGGAGGAGGAAAGAGAUUGAAGUACCUUAUAAAUUUGUCACAUACACCUCAGUUGGACUUGUGAACUCCAUAUUGGUCAACAGGGUCUUUAUUUUAUUGAGACUACUGUGACCUAUUAAUAAAAAUCCAGGGUGCGAUUUGGGUGGAUUGACCCCCUUUCUGAUCCAAAGAUCCCCUCUUCUGCAGAGUCCUGUUUCAGUAGAGGUUCAAAUCUAUCUCCCUCUCGUCGUAAUCAAAGCUACUUCUACAGACCAGACAACAAAUAUCAAACAUUACAUUUAAAGACCAAAGAUCCAUGCAGGAUGUAGUAUUUCAUGCUCAGCAACGAUUUCCGGUCAUCUGUUCCUCAAGAAAUUCACAUUCAAAGAUGUGAACUGUCAUUUCUGUUACACAUGUGGAUUUUAAUGGAAUAAAGGUUUGUUCCCGAUUCCCGACUGUGACCCGAAAGCCUCCGAAAUAGCAGCUGAAGAGGAAAAAGGACUUAUAAACAUCCCUUUUCUCAGGUCUGCUUACAAAUCGCACCAAGAAAUAACUGAUGAACAAAGAGCUGAAGAAAUAAGAACCUCAUAUUUAUGUAAUUGUUACUAAAAUUCCAUAUUUUAUGUGCUCAGAAUUUCAUAGACACUAGUGUCUCACUAGGAAUGAUUCACAUCUUGUGACUGACCUGGAAGCAAACAUUGCAAUAAAGUUUUAUUAACUCAAAUCUCUGUUGGAUUAUUUGAUAUGAGCAGUAAAGAUCAGAGCG